CUAGCUAUUUCAUCUGUAUAUAUACACUUACGCAUAAAACCGGUGUGCCCUAGCCCUAGGUAUUUCCCAAUCAGUCCACGGCGCCGUCGGAGCUGAAGAAGCGAUUCAAGAUUUUGCUCAGUCCUCGAUCCGUUCUCACCUUCGGGUUCUUCAUCCUCUUCUCUCCGGUUUUAGAGAUUGAGAAUUGUGUGUGCAAAUGAGGGGACGGAGCUAUAGCCCUUCACCUCCAAGGGGCUAUGGUAGGAGAGGAAGGAGCCCUAGCCCAAGGGGUCGCUAUGGUGGUCGUGGUGGUAGAGAUCUUCCAACUAGUCUUUUAGUUCGCAACCUUCGCCAUGAUUGUAGGCCGGAAGACCUCCGAAGGCCAUUCGGGCAAUUUGGUCCUCUUAAGGACAUUUACCUUCCUCGAGAUUAUUAUACAGGGGAGCCUCGGGGCUUUGGUUUUGUUCAAUAUGUUGAUCCUAAUGAUGCUACUGAAGCAAAGUAUCAUAUGGACGGUCAGAUUCUUCUUGGCCGCCAGUUGACUGUUGUGUUUGCGGAGGAAAACAGGAAAAAGCCAGCUGAUAUGAGGGCAAGGGAGCGACCUAGCAGCAGCAGCAGGGGUGGUAGAUAUUAUGACAGAAGACAUUCUCCCCCUCGGUAUUCACGCUCACCUCGCUAUUCCCGGUCUCCUCCUCCACGCUAUGCAAGAUCACGCUCCAGAAGCCAUGAAUACUAUUCUCCUAAGAGAAGGCAAAACUCAAGGUCUCUUACACCUCAGGAGAGAAGGUAUGGUCGAGAGAGAUCAUACUCACGAUCACCUGCUGCUUAUAAUGGCUCUAGGAGCCGAAGUCAGAGUCCCAUUAGAGAGCCUGCUCCACCAUACAAUGGUUCAAGGAGUCCAAUCCGGGAGCGGUCUCUAGUCAGGGGCCGAAGCAGCAGGUCCCCCCCAGUCAGGGGUCGAAGCAGCAGGAGUCCCAGUAGGAGUAGAAGCCCGAAUCCUGCAGGUUACCCAAGGGAGCGAGAAAGGGAUGAAUCUCCCAGUCAAUGAGGUCUGCUGAAUGAAACGACAAUUUGGCGUCGUUUUUGUCAAAUACCUGACUCAGUUGCUUAUAGCGUAUGGAUUGGUUAGGGCUAGAUGCCAGUCCUAUUGAGAUCAUCUACCAUGUGAUGUGAACCUUUGUUGUUUUGACUUGGCUUUUCUGGUUGGAACAUUCUCAUGCUAGCUGGUGUUUGCUUGCGGAAGACAUUAUAGAAAGUUUGCUUUGAUUCUCUGUGA